CUUUGCCGUCACCACCUACCGCUGAUAACUCCAUCUCUUCUUCUCCCCCUUCCCCUCUCUCUCUUUCCCCCUUCUCUAUGUCCCAUUCCCCUCCUCCUCUACAAAUCGUCCAAGGCGCCUCCUUUCGUCUCCUAAAAUUAGGGCUAGGAUUUCAGCGGAGGAGCUGCUCCCUCCGCAGAGAGCGCCGCCCCAGCUCAGAUCCGAGGCGUCUCCGGCACCCCACCGACCGUGUAGAUCCUUCUUCCGGCCGCCGCCCUCCACGGGAUCUGAUCUCCUGGGGCAAUGGGGCUGUAGCGCCUGGCGUCUGGGGCGGCGCCUGCUUCCCGCCGGUUGGUCGGUUCUAGGGUUUGGGGGUUCCGCUUUGUGGAGGCGGGUGCGAGGAGAAGAGGGGAGAGGGGGGGAAGGUCGAGUCUUUCUGGAGAUCUGAGGAUUUGAGGUACGGAAGAGUGGAAGUUUUGACUUUCUACUUUGAUGUGGUCGUUGUUUGUCUUCGUUGUCCUAAAGGAAAUUUGCCAUUGGAAAUAUGUCGUCGCCCUCUCUGAAAGGACAUCUAUAUGAGAAAACUUUUCUCUUUGGUCUUAAGUUAUGGGUUGUAAUUGCAAUUGGUGUUGGGGCCUUUAUGUUGGGUGUUCUGUCUGUCCUAGUUAUAUGCCUUAAUGCUCGGAGUCGGAGGAGGUCAAGAAGGGCUUCCAAUAACCUUCCUAUCACCCAAAUCCCAUCAGUUUCGAAGGAAAUCAAGGAAGUGAGGGUGGAGCAAGUCUCUGCUAAUGACUUUAUUGCUCACGACGGGAUUCUGCUCACAAUCCAUGACAAAUCCAAUGAAAAGGAAUCAGAUAAGGUGAUGGUUCAUUUGGGAUUGGGUAAAUCGAGACAUGCAGAUGAAAACAGUAAUUCAGGCUCAUUUCAUUAUGUGGAGAAAGAUUGUGGCUCCCAAUCUGGUGAAGAAGGAAGUUCAGGGACAGUUGCUGUUUACAGACAAUCUUCUUCUUACCCUAUAACUGCCCCUUCUCCUUUGACAGGCCUUCCAGAAUUUUCUCACCUUGGCUGGGGUCACUGGUUUACUCUGAGGGAUUUAGAACUUGCGACCAAUCGAUUUUCAAGAGAAAAUGUGCUUGGGGAGGGUGGCUACGGGGUUGUUUAUCGUGGUCAACUUAUCAAUGGUACUCCAGUAGCUGUCAAGAAGCUUCUUAACAAUCUUGGGCAAGCUGAGAAGGAAUUUAGAGUGGAAGUUGAGGCUAUUGGUCAUGUCCGCCACAAGAAUUUAGUUCGCCUUUUGGGAUACUGUGUGGAGGGUACUCAAAGGAUGCUAGUUUAUGAGUAUGUGAACAAUGGAAAUCUAGAACAAUGGCUUCAUGGAGCUAUGCGCCAGCGCGGUUCUCUUACUUGGGAAGCCCGUAUAAAGAUCCUUCUGGGCACAGCUAAGGCUCUUGCUUAUUUACACGAGGCCAUUGAACCAAAAGUAGUGCACCGAGACAUCAAAUCCAGUAAUAUAUUGAUUGAUGAUGAUUUCAAUGCUAAAGUAUCAGAUUUUGGUUUAGCCAAGCUGCUUGGUGCUGGUAAAAGUCAUAUCACUACUCGAGUUAUGGGAACCUUUGGUUAUGUAGCACCAGAAUAUGCUAAUACUGGACUUCUAAAUGAAAAGAGUGACAUUUAUAGUUUUGGGGUUGUUCUACUGGAAGCAAUUACAGGGAGGGAUCCUGUGGAUUAUGGUCGGCCUGCAAAUGAGGUGAAUCUAGUUGAUUGGCUUAAAAUGAUGGUAGGCAGCAGGCGCUCAGAAGAAGUGGUGGAUCCAAGUAUAGAGACAAGGCCAUCUACCAGAGCCCUCAAACGUGCCCUUCUGACAGCCCUAAGGUGUGUUGAUCCAGAUGCAGAGAAGAGACCAAAGAUGGGUCAGGUUGUCCGGAUGCUAGAAUCUGAUGAGCCGAUACCACGCGAGGAUCGAAGGCAUCGGCGAAAUCGGGCUGGGAGCACAGAAAUAGAAUCCCAGAGGGAAAACUCUGACACAGACAAAAGCGACAACCCAGAUUCAAAGCCUGUAGGCACAAGGAACAGACAAUCUCCAACAAAAUGAGCUGUCAGGAAUUUUAGGAUAUGUCUCCAUGUCUAAUUGCUCGCAUUCUUUGAAUCUGCUGCUUUUCUGGGUCUCUGCAACUCAUCAUUCUCAUACUGGUAGGCUAUGUCCAGAGUUCAGAUCAAGGGCAACUUGAGAAUCCAAGUACUUCCACCUUAUUCCAUAUUUUUCUUGUAGAGAGAAUUGUUUUGAUGUAUGUAUGGUGCUUCAUAAUACUUCAAACAGUGUGUGUACAGGUUUUAGCUUCAUGAGGAUUGCGUUGUUUUUCUAAAUUGGGAAAUUGUUUUGUGAAUGUGAUUGUAGCUGAAGAGAAUGAAGCCACCACUAUAUUCAAAU